AUGCCCAAGGCGCUAUUUGUAUUUUUAUUGCUUUGUAAUUGCAUUCUGGGAAAGGAUUUGCUUGUUUGUAAGUAAAUUUUGAUUCUAAUGUCUAUUACAAUAUAAUUUUUUCUUAGAUUUCGAAAAUCUCGAGGUGGGAUGCUUUCCUCCGAGUUUGGAAGACAAGAAGAAACAUUUUCUGAUGCUUGCGAAUCCAAGAUUACAAUGGAAACCUAAUGCAAAUGUUGCUGAUGGGACCUUUACCUUCAGAUUCAAUCCGAAUAACGGAGAACUCACGGAGAGCACAGAAAUUGAGUAUAAAAUUGCUGUGGAGAAGUUGAAGAAGGCCUUGCCCAAUCUUCGAAUCAUCAACUUUCAAGGCGUUUUGAUUCAAGGAGGAAUGGGGGCGGAUGAUGUGAGAUUUUCGUUACAGUAAUCUGAGCUGGCACUUACCGUGAGACUUCAUAAACAGUGACACCCUUGCUUUAAUAAAAGGCCAAACAGAAGUAAAAAGUUAUUUUAUCCACGCGAAUUUGGCAGAGAUACAGACAAAACGCGAUUUUCUCUUUGAACGCUCUCCUCAUUUGGCGUACUCUUUCGGUGAAAAGACCGAUGAAUAUCCCGGCUGUCCCCGUAGAUUGCAAGCUAAAAUUUUCAGAAGUUAAUAUAUGGUCUAUGCCCAAUUCGUAUGCAAAAUUUAGAGACUAUCUGAUCAUUGGUCUCCGAGCAUUACCUUGUUAAUUUACAAACGAGGUCUUCAAAGUCCAAAGCUCAGAUCUCUCCAAUUUUGCAAACAUCGUCAUUGAAUAUUUUUACCGCCAAUUUAAACGCGUUGAAAAUAAAAUAAGAGCCGAAAUCUAUAUUUUUUUCAGUUUGUGAAAUGGUCCCACCGAACAUACCAUCAGGUCUUCAACCACGCCCAAAAUCUUGUCCCUCUCUGCCAAACUCGUGGCUACACUGUUCCUCGUUUCUUUUUCACUGUAAUAAUUCCUCGCCAAAUGUGCGAAGCCCACAGUACGCCAAGCACAGACGGUUGCCAAUGGCUUUACCAGCGAUUACUCCCUGAAUUUCACGACGAACGACGUUAUGUCAUCCCAGAAGAAGAGACCUUAUUUACGAUCAGUCAGCAUCUGAAUGGAAGUAAUAUUCAGUUUAUGAUUGCGUUCUGA